CUCACAAUUAUGGACGGCUAUUAAACAACAAAAUGAGAUGUAUGAGUAAAUAAUAUUAAAAAUUAUUUCUACGUGGAAAUGACACCUUACUGUGCUAGAUAUACGUUUAUGGUAUAAUUGGGUCGGUUUCUUUAGCUCAGAAAGUUAAAAUGGGUUACUUUCAUUUGUAGUAAAUUGAAGAAAAAAUAAUAAUAAUUCUAGUAGUUCCAAAAAGUGGAAGUGUAAUAAUUAGGAGCGAGACAUUUAUCAAAAGAUAAUUAGGCACGAGUCGAAACUCAAAGUGGAUGGAGGUUUUGAGUUCACUUCUGUACAAAGCAAAUUACAUGUAUUUUGCAUUCGAGAAUAAUUUUGAUUAGGGUUGGAUUUGAUGUGUAACAAAUUUUUAACCUGUUAUGGAGAGUUAAGAGGAAAAUGGGAAUUAUGGAAAGUACUGGAUCUUUCCAGAUAACGAAGCACAAGGAAGACAGACUCCACGUCAGCAAUCCAUUAACGUGUUCCUAUCCGUUUCUUACACGUGUCUGGUCUUCAUCCCACCUGGUAAUCCAUUGCUUCGCUGUACCAAACACAGCCCGUGACUGGUGGAUAUGGGCUUUAGACCAAAAUAAAAUUGAUGCUUAAUUACCGGGGAAUUGGGUAACUAAUUAUUACAAGGUAAAAUGGUCAACGAUCCCAGCUUGAAUAGUAAAAUCCAUGUUUUUUGAAACCAUAGUAGAAUUUUUGGGCUCGUUUGGAGAAUUGGAGUCUAAAUCUCUAGAUUUUAGACAAUCCAAAGAUUUUAACUCUCUGGAUUGUUGAAAAAAGAUUUGAAAAUGUUCAUUGUUUGGUAACUAUGAUUGUUAACAUCCAAUGAAAAAAGAAAUUCUAUUUUUUUUAUCACAUAACAUGUUUAUCCUUAACCAAAAUAAUUAGAUUGGCUCGAAAAUUAUUGAGAAUUUAUUGGUAAGGGUAUUUAGUGGGAUAAAUGAAAAAAAAACAAGAGAUAUAAUAGGAGGGAAAAAAUCUCCAAAAUCAAGAUGUAGAAUCUCUCUAAUUAUGAGAGAUUUGAUAUCUCUAGAUUUUAUAGAUUUACAAUCUCUGAAGUUACAAUCCACGAUACAAAAAGUAGCAAAAAAACUUAACAUUUUGCUAAAUCUACGGAUUCAAUAAAUCCACGAUCCAAAUCUUGUUCUCCAAACGAACCCUUAAUAAAAUGAUAUUUUGAUGAUAUAAUUAAGUUUAACUAAUAGUAUUGAUGAAGGCUAUCCCACUAUUAUUAUGGUGUUAGUGAGUGGUAUAACAUUUAUUCUUAAACAUAUUUCAAUAAUUCGAUGUAUUCUGAUCUAUUUGUUCUUUACAUGAUAUUAGAGUCUUCCGUCGUCGAGAGUUCUUCUAUUCGAAUCUCAAUAAUCCCAGAUUUGUGAAGCACAUGGUAUUAUCGUAUUCAGGACAUGCACAAAAGAAAGACUUUAUCAGUUGAAACUCGAAUACAUCAGUACAUCACAAUUAUAUAGUAUAUAUGUAGUAUAUUUUUCAAUGACACUGGAUAAUUUAUUUAUUAUCUAUUAUUUCUCUUGAAAAAAAAAAUAUUUAUUAAAAUAUGUAUGCCAUCAACAAUGUGACGACCGGGAACCGGCUAACGCCGGUCUACGUGAGUAGCAAGCUGAUGGUAUAAGUAGAGAGGGUGAGACGAGGAGAUAAGUCACAGCUAAAUCAACACUCUUCCUUCCACUCUUCACUCUCUACCUCUCUCUCCGCCAAACUCCGAUCACCAUGCCGAUCAGAAACAUAGCCGUCGGCCACUACGGCGAGGCGACCCAGCCCGACGCCUUGAGGGCCGGCCUGGCCGAGUUCUUCUCCACCCUGAUCUUCGUCUUCGCCGGUGAGGGCUCCGGCAUGGCCUUCGCCAAGCUCACCGACGGCGCCGCCAACACCCCCGCCGGCCUCAUCGCCGCCUCCAUCGCCCACGCCUUCGCCCUCUUCGUCGCCGUCUCCGUCGGCGCCAACAUCUCCGGCGGCCACGUCAACCCCGCCGUCACCUUCGGCGCCUUCCUCGGCGGAAACAUCACCCUCUUCCGCGGCAUCCUCUACUGGAUCGCCCAGCUCCUCGGCUCCACCGUCGCCUGCUUGCUCCUCAAGUUCGCCACCGGCGGCCUCGAAACGGCGGCGUUUGGCUUGUCAGCGGGAGUAGGUGUAUGGCAAGCAGUCGUUUUGGAGAUCGUGAUGACGUUCGGCCUAGUGUACACCGUCUACGCGACGGCCGUCGACCCCAAGAAGGGAAGCUUGGGAACCAUUGCUCCACUGGCCAUCGGUUUCAUCGUCGGUGCCAACAUUCUGAUCGGCGGGGCCUUCGACGGCGCGUCAAUGAACCCGGCCGUGUCGUUCGGACCGGCUGUGGUCAGCUGGAGCUGGGAGAACCACUGGGUCUACUGGGUCGGACCGCUCAUCGGAGGUGGACUCGCCGGAGUGAUCUACGAGGUCAUCUUCAUCGGCUACGGGACCCACGAGCAGCUGCCCACCACCGAUUACUAGACGACGGUGACGGGAAGUGCAUUGGGCCGCGCGCGGGUUUUCUGAAUUUCCAUUCCAUGUAUUUAUCUGUCUUUGAUUCUGGUUUAUGAGGGGGAGUUUAAUGGUGGAUUUGGGAUUUGUAAUCAUGCUUUUGGAAAUUCCGUUUUCUUCAUGAAAGGGAGGGUGUGUGGUUUGUGUUUGGGUUAUUCCCCGUCUUUGAUUGAAUGGUAAAUUAUGUUUCCCAAUUUAGCUUGAUGAUCAUCUGAGUGAUUGGGAAGUCGUGAUUUGAUUUAGAGAUUUUAGUUUCAAUGCUAUUUCCCAUCCCUUUCGAGACACCCAUAUAACCGGUUUUUACACUUUGUCCUUACUCACCAUCGAUUAUUGUAUAGCUAAUGAUACGUUAAUGCGGCUAAAGUAGGUAAUUACGUGGCCAAAACUGAUUCAAGUUUAUUAAAGAAGGUAAGCAUUAAUUACCAUUAUCUUAAUACAUAGUCCGGCUGGAGUAAGGAUAUACUAAUUAAAACGUGAAUAUGUCUAUAGCGGAUUUAGCUUUAGUUGAGCUAUUGCAUAAUAAUGUUUCUUAAUUAUUAGACAAAAUCGGAUUAAAGUGUAAAUGACUUUUGUUUUGGUCACGUCAUGGAAGUUGUUGAGUUUACACUCUUAGUUGAAUAAAAGAAAACAAAAUGUAUUAGGUAUACAUUUUUCGUUCAUGCUAUGUUAUAACUUUGGGAUGGGAUUAGGUGCUAACCCUUAUAGGGGUUAGCACCGUGAUAACUAGCAAAAAUCACUACAGAUUAUUGUAAAAUCAAUACAACAUCUAAGCUAAAUCACUACUAAUUCAAACUAGUAGUAGUUUUUCCAUUGGUUAGGUAGGUGCUAACUAUUGUACAAUUAGCACCGUAACCGCUCCCUAUAACUUUUUACUUUGACAUUAAUCCUGUGCAUACAAAUAUUUGAUUUAAACAUAAUAUGUGAUAGAUUGAGUAUAUUUUCAAUGUAAAUAAACCAACUUAAAAUCAAUCAUGAUGAAUUCAACAAUUAUUCAUGAGGUUGGAACAUUUCGUAUUAGUCGUUGACUAUACUUGUUAGUUGUUACCAUAAAUAUGUGAUUUGUAAGGUAUGUGAACAAGUAACGUGGUGAUAACCCUAGCUGGGUAACAUAAUAACUACGGGCUCCGUUCACUCCAAGCUCACCGGAAAAUCCUCACCAGAAAAGGAAAGAUAGAAAAGGCUACUGUGAUAUAAACCAAAACAACUUUCUACAAAGGGGAGGAAGAGUCUAGACUCUAGAGAGACAAUUAAACCACUGCCCACAAAGAUUCUUUUGGUGCAACUCAUCAGUCACCGUAUAUCAUUGACUACGACACCGAGCCCAAGCUAGCUCAGCAGCGCAUGUGAGGCUAAAACCGUCUGGACCAUAACAAUAAUAAUAAUGCCCUCCACAAGACGAUAAACCGUUCAGCUACAUGGCUGGCUGGACCCCAUUGACUCUCCACUCUGUCCUAAACAUUGAUUCCCUUUUCAGUUUUCUCCCCCGACUUAUGACCUUGCCUAGGGUCCCUUGGGUUGCUCGAAAGGGUCAUGCACAUGUGUUUGGUGUUUCGUUCAAAAAGACAUGUUUAAACUUGUGCUUAUGUACGAGGCAAUGCUAUAGUGUCCCGUCUGGAGAUCCUGCUGAAAGAAAUUUAGUUUAACAUA